AUGUUUCAGUGGCUCGAGAGCUUCCCUUUUGGCUUCGACAGAAACAAUCGCUCGACUUGGAAUGAGAACCAUUUACCCACACACAUCAAAGGAGGAAUGUACCAUGGAUAUAGAGUUCAGCAUGAGAACUUUGUAUGGGAGGCUCGAACAGAGGCGGGAGUGAUCGAAGCCUUCGCAAAGCUGUGGGGGACAGACAAGCUUCUUGUCUCCUUUGAUGGAAUAAAUAUUACGCUUCCAUGUGGUACUGCUCUUCCACAAACGCAACCCUGGCCUCAUAUCGACCAGAGCCCGCUGCGAGAGGGUAUGCAGUGUGUUCAGGGUAUCCUCAACUUUGCACCAAAUGGUCCUCAAGAUGGGGGUCUUCUUGUCAUGAAGGGGUCUACGAAGCUUAUGCCUGCAUUUUUCAGAACUCAUUCUGGCACAAUUGGCCGAGAAACCUGGGGUCCUAGCGAUUGGUUUGGCUUUGAUGAAAGUGAAGUGAAGUGGUUUGAGGAAAGAGGCUGUGAGAUUCAUAAGGUAAAUGCUGAAGCCGGAGACCUUAUCCUCUGGGAUUCACGCACUAUGCAUUUCAAUUGUGUCCCGUCCUCUCAGAAUCUACGCGCCCUUGUUUGUGAGUUUUCUACUCCUGUCUAA